AAAAUUAAAUCGGCACACCCCUCUCAGCCUUUGCCACGCCCCCUUCGUUGCACUGCGAAAAAACAAGCAAAAUAUUUCGCAUUUCGCUGCUUCCGUAUAUUGAGCAUUCUCCAAAAUUUGCCAUAAUGACAACGUCCGCCUUCCGAAGGGGGUUCACCCAUGUAAAAUGCAGGGGUGAAUUCUACCCUCGGACAGAAAAUAAAGUCAGGAGGUUGCAAGUUCCAGACGAUAAAGUUUCGUGGGACGCUGCCUUUCCUGAUUACCGGCCUACAAACUUCACAUCCGAACAUGUUUUGAAAGGUCCUGUUUGGGCAGAUAAGGAUGACUUGACCACUGGGAACUACAAAUGGAAUUGUUUGGAUAAUAACGUGGACAGAAGGAGUCACUUGGGCGAGUAUAAUUUGGACUCACAAGGGCGCCCUUUGAACCCUCGUGGAAGAACCGGCAUCUCUGGCCGCGGGUGCUUAGGGCGAUGGGGCCCCAAUCAUGCCGCCGAUCCUGUUGUGACAAGGUGGAGCAUUGACCCCAGCACUGGUAAAAUCCUUCAAGCUAAAGGACAGCCCGUUCUCCAGUUUGUGUCUAUUCUGAGAGGCGACUGCAAUGAAUGGGCCUUGCCAGGAGGAAUGGUGGACCCAGGGGAAAGCUUUUCAACGACUCUGCUCAGGGAGUUUGUGGAAGAAGCCAUGGACAUGAGCACCUCGGCAGAAAAGGAAAAGGUCAAGGAAUUUUUCGCAACCGGCGGCACUGAGAUUUACAGAGGCUACGUCGAUGAUCCCAGAAACACAGACAACAGCUGGAUGGAAACUGUUGUUGUCAAUUACCAUGACAGGGACGGGACUUAUUUCAAAAACAUCAAACUCAAGUCUGGAGAUGAUGCCAUUGGCGUGCAAUGGAAGAACUUGACUGAUGAUCUAAAACUGUACGCAUCUCACUCAUUCUUUUUAAAGAAAGUCAAAGAGUUGCAUUUGAAUGGAAAUUGAGGCUCUUAAAUAAAUAUGAAAAUGAAAUAGAAUG